CGUCAUGGGUGAACUGGAUAUAAACUGGGACCAGAAACACUCAUCUCAAAGGUGUGACACUAGUGUGAGAUUCUACAGCUGGUGAUCCCGGAGCUUAAUUCAGAGAUGGCUUGGCACUUUACGUCUGCACUCGUGGUUCUGGUCUUGAUGGAGGGCUGCAGGUUUGCUUGCUGCUCACAUGACUGCAUCAAAGCCUGUGAGGACCUGCAGGCUGCAUCGCUGCCGGAGAGCUCGUCCUCAUCUUCUUCUGCAUCUGCUGUCAUCUGUGGCUGGGAGGAGCCGGACAGCUACUGCAAAAAACCUCCCAUCUCUGUGAGAGAUGUUUACGAGGAGCUGUGGAACAACAACCUGAACAUUGCCAAGGAUAUACUAAACCUGCCGUUCCUGCAGAAUAUGGAGAAACAAACACUUUCACCGGAUGUGUAUAGCAACUUCAUGAUGCAGGACAUUUAUUAUGCGGGACAGGUUACCAACAUGUUAAAGAAAUUAUCUGAGACUCCAGGCGAGCUUCAAGACUUCUUCAAGAACAGAUAUAACAGCUAUGACAAGUUCCUUCAGACCUUGCUGCACGACUACAAUCUUAAGGAUGUCUCUUGCAUCAAACCGAUCCCUGCCAUAAAGAAGUACAUUGACGAUUACAGAGAGAUCAUGGAGAAGGAGGAGCCAAUCUACUUUGCUGUGGGUCUGUAUCCCUGCGCGAGACUCUGGCCUUUCCUCGCCAAUGAACUCAAAAUGGACGAGACGAACCUCUACUACAAGUGGAAGAAAGACAACAUCGAUGGUUACUAUGAAAAAAACUACAAAGACUUUCUCAACAAGCAUCUGCAGAGCGAAGAGGAGAUUGAAAGGGCAAAUAAGGUCUUCAAACAGCAAAUACUGAACGAGGGAGAAUUCUUCGAAGCGUCCGGCCAAAGUGGAGUAGAGCGAAGGAGACAAGGUGUCAGAUGAGUGUUUAAAACAAGUCAUGGAUUUGUCAGGUUUCACUAUAAAUGAUGUGGUGAUAAAUAAAGCAUGUCUCAGAACA